AUGGCCGAAGCACUUGUUUCUUCCAUCUUGGAGCAACUCACUGCAAUCACUGUUAAGAAUGCACGGCAAGAGCUGAAGUUGGUGACAGAUGUUGAGAAGGAAGUCGAAAAGCUUGACAGCAAUUUUAAGGCCAUCCGCAAAACGCUUGAAGCUGCAGAGCAAAGGCAAAUUAUGGAGCAAGAAGUGAAAGGUUGGUUAGAUAAGCUCAAAGAAGUGUCUUAUGACAUGGAGGACGUGUUGGAUGAGUGGAGCACUGCACUUUCCAAGUUACAAACAGAUCCUGAAUUAGAUGUAAGUGCUUCUAUUCCCAAGAGGUUGAAAACUUCUGUAAUUUCAUGGUUUUCUUCUUUUUGUCAAGUUGCUAGGCGUCAUGACAUUGCUAUCAAAAUAAAAGGAAUCAAUGAAAGGCUAGAUGAGAUUGCUAAGGAGAAAGAUAGAUAUCAUUUGAAAAAAAUAGAAACCAAACAAUUUAGACGAGUAGAGAGUACAUCUUUUAUUGAUGUGUCCAAGUUACAUGGUCGAGAUGAGAUUAAAAAAGAGAUAGUGGAGAAAUUGUUGAAUGGGACUAGUGAAGAAGGCUGCAUUCAGACCAUCUCUCUAGUAGGGAUGGGAGGGAUCGGAAAAACAGCUCUUGCUCAAUUGAUCUUUCAUGAUCAUCAAGUUGGAGUACACUUCGACAAAGUAAUUUGGGUGUGUGUCUCGGACGAUUCUGAUCUAAACAAAAUUGCGAGAGCAAUUUUAGGAAGUCUGGACAAAGGUUCAGCUACGAACCUCCGAAAUCCAAUUACCUUAGACGAUGUUCUGACCAAAAUUUGUGAAAAAAUCAGAAGUGCAAAAUUCUUGCUUGUUUUAGAUGAUGUGUGGACAGACCGUGAUGAAGAUUGGGAGCCACUAAAAGCUGUUUUUCGACAAGGCAUGUCUGGAAGUAGGAUUUUGGUGACUACUCGUAAAGAAUCAGUUGCAACGGGGAUGGGGUCCUCUCGAGUGUUUCAUUUGGAAGAAUUAUCUGAUGAAGUGUGCUGGUUAAUACUUAGUCAAUCGGCCUCUAUGGAAAGGGGAAAUGAGUUGCUUCGAAAGUUGGAGGAUAUUGGAAGGAAAAUAGCAAAGUAG